CCGGACUUCGUUCGUCCCUGAUGUUGAGCAUCCUCGAGUCCAGUUUGGACGAAGAACGUAAUGAAUUAGUGGCCGCCGCGGCAAUUCGCUCGUUAGCCAGUCUAGUCACAUUGAUGACGGACUGUGACAAAUUGUCACAAAUUAUUCAACGUCUCACCCAAUUCCUACUUCGUGGUCACCCGCUCGAUCAGCACACCGUGAUCCCGGAACUGGUCCAAGUGCGCCACACGAAUCAACUGACCCGAUCCGCUGAGAAGCGGAUCGAUACGGUGCGACCUACGUUCACGACCACGGUGGAUUGGUUCCUUCCGGCAGUUGCCCAAUGGUGUUUGGAAUUGGACAGUUUGCAUACGAGUUUGAUUGAUCCGUGGUUGGAUCAUGUGGACAAUUAUCUUCUGAAUUCUCGCAAACCGGAAACCGACACUCCGCACGAAAUGACCACUCGCUGUUUGGGCAUCCUCGAGCAUUUGGUCCCAUUUCUUCACGCCUGGUUGAUGGUUACCAUGGUGGAACCACGUGGUGAUAAUUCAGCGGAAAAAACUCUUUGGCUCACUGCACAACACUGGUCCGAGAAACAGCGCAACUCGGAGUCUGUCGAAGAUACCUCGUCAUUCGAUGAACGAGUUCCAGGUUAG